CUCGCAUUCGCUCGUGUUGAGAAACAUGGCGUCUUCUUGAAGCGUACAUACAUCGCAAGUGUUUUCUUGACUUAGUUAUUAAGAUGGCAGCCGACCCCACAGACAAGAAAGAUGCUGAAUCCUCAGCAUCCAAAGAUCGGGAGAGGAAACGCAGCCGAUCACGAGAACGUAAAGUUCGUAAUCGUUCUCGUGAACGAAAUCGCUCAAAGUCAGCAGAAAGAGACCGACGCAUGAAAGACAAGGACAGAGAAAAGGAGCGUGACAGAGAUAAGGACAGAGAUAGAGGCCGUAAGGACAGAGACGGCCAUCGGCGUGAUAAAGAUCGCAGCAAGAGGUCCAGAAGUCUCUCACCCAAAUCAAAGGAGGCCAAAUUAAAGAGAGACAAGGAUAUUAAAACAGAAGAGGAAGAAGAUGAAAAAAAGAAGAAAGGGAAGGUCCAACCUUUAUCUCUGGAAGAGCUUCUCGCCAAGAAGAAGGCAGAAGAGGAAGCAGAGGCUAAGCCAAAAUUCCUCUCCAAAGCAGAGCGAGAAGCCGAGGCUCUGAAACGGAGGGAGCAUCAGACGGAGGAAAGGAGGAAGUUGAUGGAAGAUGAGAGGAAGAAGAGAAGGAUGUUCCAGGACAUGGGGAGAAAAAUGAUGGAGGACCCCCAGGAAAGGGAGAGACGCGAGCGAAGAGAGAGAAUGGAGCGAGAGAGCAAUGGGAAUGAAGACGAUGAUGGAAGACAAAAGCUCAGAGAGGAGAAAGAUAAAAGCAAAGAACUCCACGCCAUCAAGGAGCGUUACCUUGGUGGGCUCAAGAAACGCCGGAGAACCCGCCACCUGAAUGACAGGAAGUUCGUGUUUGAGUGGGACGCUUCUGAAGACACCUCAGUCGACUACAACCCAAUUUACAAAGAAAAGCACAGCGUGCAGCUGUACGGGCGAGGCUUUAUCGCUGGCAUCGACUUGAAGCAGCAGAAAAGAGACCAGUCACAUUUCUACGGGGACCUGAUGGAGAAAAGGCGAACGCUGGAAGAGAAGGAGCAGGAGGAGGUAAGACUGAAGAAAAUGCGUAAGAAGGAAGCAAAGCAGCGCUGGGACGACAGACAUUGGUCUCAGAAGAAGCUGGAGGAGAUGACAGACAGAGACUGGCGAAUCUUCAGAGAGGACUACAGCAUCACCACCAAGGGAGGAAAGAUCCCCAACCCCAUCAGGAACUGGAAGGAGUAUUCGCUGCCCGAUCACAUCCUGGAGGUCAUCGACAGCUGUGGCUACAAGGAUCCGACUCCUAUUCAGCGGCAGGCCAUUCCUAUUGGUCUACAGAACCGUGACAUCAUUGGUGUGGCCGAGACGGGUAGCGGUAAAACAGCUGCUUUCCUGAUUCCACUGCUUGUCUGGAUCACAACCCUGCCAAAGAUCGAUAGGAUUGAAGACUCAGACCAGGGUCCGUACGCUGUGAUCCUGGCUCCGACUCGUGAGUUGGCGCAGCAGAUUGAGGAGGAGACCAUCAAGUUCGGUAAACCUCUCGGCAUCCGCACGGUGGCUGUGAUCGGAGGAAUCUCCAGAGAGGACCAGGGCUUCCGUCUCAGGAUGGGCUGUGAGAUUGUGAUCGCCACCCCCGGUCGUCUGAUUGACGUGCUGGAGAACAGAUACCUGGUCCUGGGCCGCUGCACCUACGUCGUCCUCGACGAGGCCGAUCGUAUGAUUGACAUGGGCUUCGAGCCCGACGUCCAGAAGAUUCUGGAGUACAUCCCAGUGACCAAUCAGAAACCAGACACCGACGAAGCAGAGGACCCUGAGAAAAUGAUGAUGAACUUCGUAUCUGGAAAACAUAAAUACAGACAAACGGUCAUGUUCACAGCCACUAUGCCUCCGGCUGUGGAGAGACUGGCCAGGAGCUACUUGAGACGUCCUGCUGUGGUUUACAUCGGGUCCGCCGGCAAACCUCACGAGAGAGUCGAACAGAAGGUGUUGCUGAUGGGAGAGGGAGAGAAGAGGAAGAAGCUGCUGGAGGUGUUGUCGCGUGGCUUCGAGCCUCCAAUCAUCAUCUUCGUCAACCAGAAGAAGGGUUGCGACGUGCUGGCGAAGUCUCUGGAGAAGAUGGGGUACAAUGCUUGCACGCUGCACGGUGGCAAAGGCCAGGAGCAGCGAGAGUUUGCGCUCUCCAACCUCAAGGCGGGAGCCAAAGAUAUCCUGGUGGCCACAGACGUUGCUGGUCGAGGUAUCGAUAUCCACGACGUCUCCAUGGUCCUUAACUACGACAUGGCUAAGAACAUUGAAGAUUACAUCCAUCGUAUCGGUCGUACGGGUCGUGCCGGUAAGAGCGGUGUGGCCAUGACCUUCCUCACCAAAGAGGACGCGGCGGUGUUCUACGACCUGAAGCAGGCCUUCAUGGAGAGCCCGGUCUCCACCUGUCCUCCGGAGCUGACCAACCACCCCGACGCUCAGCACAAACCUGGAACCAUCCUGACCAAGAAGAGACGCGAGGAGACCAUCUUUGCCUGAUUUAUCGCAACAGUUUUUGCUCAAAUAGGACUCGUUACACUGAACUCACUCACACACAGCAGAGUCUCCAACUGUUUCCUAAUGUUGUAGCUGUACACAAUCUCUGUUUUGCAUUCUGGAUUUGGUCUUUUACGCCCAUUUUUUUUUUUUUUUUUUUUUCCCCCACCUUGCCUCCCUCAUUGUCAGUCUGUUUUUGUCUGUUCACCCAUUCUGUCAUCGUUAACUGGUGCAGAAAUCAUCACCGCACUGGAUUGGUGAAUUUUAAGACUCAAACAUAGGCCGUUUCUCAUCAAUCUGUGAAUUUGAAUAUUUCUACUCAUUGAAAUAUGUGUUAAAGUGGACUCAGUGAUACAUGUUUAGUUUUGCUUUCAUAAACAUGAAGUGAUGUAACUGAUCUACUCCAUAUAGAUGCUACUCUUCAGUUAUCAGAUGUGAUAAAUACCAGCCAGGCUGUGAGUGUAGAUGAGUAGGAUGUGCUUUGUUUUAUUGAUUAUCCAGUGACCAUAAUAUCCGUUUCUUGACUGUUUAAGAGACCAGUGCCAGAACUGACCGUUUUUCUUUUGCUUUAGACGCAACUUCUGACUAAAUUGUGAUUCAUCAUUUUAAAAGUAAACAUUUGUAUGAAGUGAAAACGGCAAGUUUGACUGGUGUCUGGCUCAUGAUAUCGAUAGCGAUGUGCUCAAUGGGUAAAACUUGGGAUGCAGAAAAAGGGCUGAGAUUUUGGAACUUGUACAAAAGAGCAAACUUCAAGCACCAAAACAUUGACGAUGUGGAGUUUUGGAUCCAACUGGAUUUAGUUUAGUUUAGGCAAUAAAUAAGAAACUUAAAAUAAAGGUAAACAUUGUAUUCAUGCACAUUAUGUUCUUGAUUUACCUGACGAACUUGAUUAAUUAUAAUUAUAAUUAACAUUCAGAAUUCCACCAAUGCUGCCUGAAGUUUGCUCUUUUGUUUAAAGGUGUUACUUUUUUUUCUUUUUCUUUUUUCUUUUUUUUUUUAACCUCUGUGAAUAAAUCAGAUUAUCUCUCAUAGACAACAACUGCCAACAACUUUUAAAGGCCCUGAAAACAUGUUUUCUCAGUCAGCUUCUAACUGUGGGUGAUGAGGCUCUACAUUAAACUGUAUUUUCUGCCAAA